UACCCAAAAACUUUCAUCGAGUUGCGAAGAAGAAGGAAGCGCUGUGGCUGUUGUUGUCAGAGAUGUUGCUGUGGAGACGCUACAUUUGCAACUUUAUAAUUCAGGCGUAAUAAGAUGUCUCCAUUGCUGACAGCCAUUUAGAGCCACUUCCAGCUCAAUUCAAUAUGCUGCAAGCGGAGACUCUCCAGCUCCUGUGCCUUACGGCCUCCAGUGGCGUCCCACUAUUCUCCCGAGGAUCCUCCAAGCAGCUUCCCUUUUCCGUCAUCGGCUCCUUAAACGGCGUCCACAUGUUUGGUGCAGGCCACGGAGCGCAGUUGUCCAGCUGUGAGACGGAUCGGGGCAGUCGUGUGGUCUGGGGGGUCUUUCAGGACAGCCUGAUGCUAAUUGCGGUGAGCGGCAGCGGAGGCUCCUCUAUUAGCCAACUGCAAUUGCGCCGUCUGCUGGAGAACGUGUGGAACUGCAUGGUCCUAGUUCUGGGACAGGACGAGUUGUCGAGCAUACGCAACGUGGAGAGGUUAAAACGAGAGUUGCGCUCUUGUUACCGCCUCAUCGACAUGCUGUUGGAGCGUGUCAAUGAUGAGGAAGGAUUUAUGGGGGAUCUGACGCAAUGCACCGACUGUUUGCUUCCGUCCCACUCUGGAUUGCUUCUUCAGGAGGCUGUAGACUCCUUCGCCCAAGCGACGGAGAGCGAAUUUGGAUGUCUGCUUUUAAACGGGCGUGUGGCUCGGGCUACAGAGAAAUGGUGGUCUCGAUUGACUCCGCAGGAAGUUGUUGUGCUUUCGGUGUUGGUGCGUUCGCUUGCUGAUGCGUCGUCUUGUGACUAUCCGGUCUUCCUUCCCAAAGGCAGUCCCACUGUCGCUAUUCGUUUGCUCAGUUUCCAGCUGCUUCCAGGGGUUCAUGUGUGCGUCCUCUGCGGCCCCAAACCCUCUUUGCACAAUGCAAGUGAGCUCAUCAGUCGUUUCUGGUCCACUUUGGUGGAGAAUCUACGCACUUGUUUGGAGCAGGCCAAGCGUUCCAGUCUUCCACCAUCUGUAAGCCUCCGCUGGGACGUCCAGGCUCUUCUACUGAUCAACUGUGACUCCCGCCGUGCCCUUACCGUGUGUCCUCGGGUUCGGGUUGGUGCUCCUGCAGAGGAUACACCACCUCUGAUCUCAACAGCCAGACGUUUGGAGCUCCUUCGGCUCUUUUACGUGUUUGCCGUGACUCGAUAUUUUACCUCACAGGAGUCAACAGCAUCGGAUUUCGCUCAGGGAUUCACUCACGUUCCUGUGCAGUGUUAUCUCGUCACUGACGAGUGUAAGUGUUUUGGUCUUCAGAGUCCUCAACACCAGCUCUUCCUCCUCAUGGAUCCCUCUGUGCCCACGUUUGCCUUGCGGACGGUAGCCACACAGACUCUCUCAGCCAUUACUUCAGCGACUGGCUUUUAAAGCAUUGGUUUGGUCUCGUAUGGUUUACUUGAAUAGUUAUCAGAACUAUAGGGUUGUCAAAAGUAUCGUGUUUGGUACCAAUCGGUAAUUAAAAAUGUCAACAGAUUCUUUGCUGCCAAGUGCAAACACAGAUACACGGACACUGGAGCGUUUCAAAGCCAUGGAAAUCAGUCGAUUCAUCAGCGGAUCGCUUGUAUGUGAGCUCAUAGACAGAUCAGCUGAUUGACACGGCUUUAAAGCGCUCCAGUAUCCUCGUAUCUGUGUAUUUUUUGAGUGUUGUGUUCACAUGCUCAACAGAAAUGACUGUGAUUGGCUGCAAAGGUCAUCGCUUCACCAUUCUUCACCGCUGUUCACCAACUGCAAACACCGAUUUAUGGACACUUGAGCAUUUCAAAGCCAUGUAAAUCAGUCAAGUCAUCAGUGGAUCGCUUGUAUGUCCGCUUAUAAACAGAUCAACUGAUUGUCACGGCUUUGAAACGAUUCAGUAUCCGUGUAUUUUUUUGAGUCUUGUGUCCACAUGCUCAACAGAAAUGACUGUGAUUGGCUGCAAAGGUCAUCGCUUCACCUAUGGUCAACGCUGUUCGCCAAGUGCAAACACAGAUACAGACUCUUGAGCGUUUUAAAGCCAUGCAGAUCAGUCGAUUUAUCUGUAGAUCGCUUGUAUGUGAGCUCAUAGACAGAUCAGCUGAUUGACGUGGCUUUAAAACGCUCUAGUAUCUUUGUAUCUGUGUAUUUUUGUGAGUGCUGUGUCCACGUGCGCAACAGAAAUGACGGUGAUUGGCUGCAAAGGUCAUCACUUCAUCAAUGUUCAUCGCUGUGCAACCGCAGAUACACGAACACUUGAGCAUUUCAAAGCCAUGUAGACCAGUCUACCCAUUGGUGAAUUGCUUGUAUGUCAGCUAAUUCAGUGGUUCUCAAAGUGGGGGUCGGGACCCCCCCAGGGGUCGCGGGGCAAUGAAGGGGGGUCGCCUGGUGAUUUCCAAAAAUCUAUUUAUUUUUAU